AUGCGCCGUCCGAGCCGAUGGGAGAAGGCGGACGACGCGAGCGAUCCGGACGUUAGCGACGCGGAAGGAAGCGGCGAAGGAGCCGCAGCGGAGAGACGACGGUGGCGGAAAAGCGACGAGGGGAAGCAACAGCACGAGGAGGGGAAGCAAUCGCACGGUCCCGCUACAGCUGCUACAGCUACUUUCGCGACGCCAAUAGGCGGCAGCGGGGCUGCCUCCUUUCCUUACCGAAAGGACCGACAUUCCGCAAAUAGGUCUUCCGGAUCCGCGAAACGCGCGCAUAGCAGGGAGGAGGAGGAGAAUGGCGAGGGGUUGGAUCGUCAGCGGCAGAUCGAAGGAGAGAGGAGCCGCGACCGGGACGACGAUAGGGAGUCUAAACGCCGGAGAAGGCACCGAUUGGAGAAGGGGGAUAGGGGAACCGGUAGUCCGGAUAAGAGCCAUGAUGUCGGUGAUAGAAAUGAUUUUCCGGAUCGCAGUCGGCGAAAGAGUCCGGAGAGAGGUUUUGCGCGGUUGAAAGGGAAGGGAGGCGGUGACGGUCGGCGUGAGCUGUCGUUUCAGGCGGAUCCCGCAGCAAAGGCGUCGCAGAAGGCGUCGCAGAAGACGUCGCAGGCGGCGGCUGUCGCACGGCCUGUCGCAGGGCAGGUGGGCGACGCGGGCGACGAUGGCGACGACGAUGCGCACUGGAACGCGCGGUUCGUGGACAUCGAUGCGAUCGAGGUCGCCUUCGAGGCGCCACGGAGCCCGCUGUUCGAGGAUCUCGAGGCGCCUGAAGACCUAGAGCGGUUCGGGGAAGGUGGGGUAUUAACCACGGAGGCUUUAAUAGGGACGUACGAGGACAAACAGGAGAAGCCGGGGGUUUCGCGGCGGGAGGAGCGGAGGGAGAAGGGGAGCAGAAAGGCGGCGGAAACGAGGAGUGAGGAGGAGGAGAAAGAAGGGAGGGAGAGAAGGGAUGAUCAGGAGGAAGUGGGACAGAGGGGGGGUGGUGGAGGGAACGAUGUUGUUGUGAGUGUUAAAGAGAGGAGGCAUGGAGUGGAAAGGAGUGGCCGGGUCGGAAGAGCAAGGCAGGGAGGCAAGGGGGUGGAUGACGCCGGUGACGAGGAGUUGAAUCCGGUGAGGAGAAGGGAGGAAACGGUGGAAGGGAGGGAAGGGAAGGGAGGAGAUGAGGAGGAGGACGAGGAGGAGGAAGAUGAGGAGGAAGUUGAGGGUGGGUCAGCAUUGCAUGGUAACCGGGAGAAGGGGAGGAACAGGGAGAGGGAGAGAAGGGGACGAGAGCGAGAGAGGGAGAGAGGAAGGGACAGGGAGCGUGACAGAGAUGGGGAGAGGGACAGGGGGAAAGCACGGGAGGAAGGGGUAAGAGGAAAGGAGAGGAGGAGGAGGGAUGCAGAAGAGGAAUGGCAGGGUGACUAUAGGCGUGGUGAUUAUGGCGGGGAAGGGGAGCGUAGGGAGUGGAGGCAUGGGAAACGAGGAGGCAGACGAGCAGACUCGCCUGGGCUGUCGUCUUCGUCAGAGCACGAGCAGCGGGACGUGGGGAAGGAGAGAGGCAAGGGGCAGAAGGGGCGUCAGCAGCGGCACAAGGAGGAAGACGAGGGUAGUCCUGUGUCAGGUCCCAGGAGCAGUGGAAAGGGUGUCAAGGCGGGCGGACGGGAAGGUAGGGCUUCGUUUAUUAAGGACGGAGAGAAGUAUGAAGGAGAGGAGAAGGGGAGAGGAGAAGGGAGGAGGUGGGGCAGGGAUCGGAAGAGGGAGGAUGAGGAAGAGGAGGGUGAGGAGGAGGGGAGGAAAGGCAAGGAGAGGGUUGGGAGGGGGAGGGAGAGGGGGAGAGAGAAGGUUGGGGAUGGGAGGAAGGAGCGGAGGGAUAGGGAGAAUGGGGGAAAGAAGGGUGGUGUGGAGAACGAAAUUGGGCUGGAAGCAGAAACGGAGAGGCUUAAAGAGAGUACAAAUGCUCCUAGCGACUACGAGGGUGCCGACAGGGUGGUGAGGGAGGUGGAAGCAGGGGGGGGAAGGGUGGUGAAGGUAUCAACUGAGAGAGCUAAGCUUGGGAAGGUGUUAUCAGGGGAAGGUGAGACCGAUGGAAGGUCUUCUAAGCCUGGUAGGAUGAGAAGAUUCGUGGAAAGGGCUCAAGGAAAAGGUGCAGGAGAAAUGGAGGAGGAAGAGGAAGAAGGCGGGGAGGAGGAAGAAGAGGAAGAGGAGGAAGCAGCGAAGGAGGAAAGGGGAGCACUGGGAGAGGGACUGGCGAUUCUGAAUCAGAGUUACUCGAAGCAGAGACAGAGUGGGUUGUUGGGUGGUGGUGGUGGUGGUGGUGGUGGUGCUGCUGCUGCUGGUGCUGCUGCUGCUACUGCUACUGCUGCUGAUAAUAGUGGUGUUGCUACUGGUGGUGGUGGUGAUGAUACCAUUGUAUCUGCACAACUGACCGUAGCUGCUGCUGCUGCCAGCGUUACUGCCACCGCCGCUGCUACUGCUGCUGAUGGCGGUGUUGCUGCUGUGACCGGUGAUGCUGCUGCUGCAGACUCUACUGUGCUGGGGAGACGGGGUCUGAGGCUAGAGGGACCAGGCAGCAAGCGGGGGCAGGGUGGGGAGGGCGAGGGGAAGGUUGAGGCUCCCGUUGCUCGCGAGGCAAGGCAGGGACGCACGUUUGAGGCGCCUGCAAGAGAGAGCGAGGGGCGGGCACAGGCGGAGGCAGCGGGGAGGGAGGGGGCGACGGGAGGCGAAAGGGAUGAGGCGAAAGAGGGGCUGAAACUAGUGGGGGCAGGGAAGGGUGGUGGUGGUGGUGCUGCUGCUGCUGCUUGUACAGCUGCUGCCGCUGCUGCUGGUGCUGCUGGUGACGCUGGUUUUGUGGGUUCAAAGCUGCUUAUAAAGGGAAGGGAAAGGGCAGAGGUGGGUGAUGGAAGCGGAAAGAGGGGGACAGCGAGCGCGAAGGGAGGAAAGGGAGAAGAGGGCGAGAAGGGGGAGAAGGGGGAGAAGGGUGAGAAGGGGGAAAGGGAGGGGUCGAUUGGAGAAGGAGGGCUUUGGCAGCAGCAGUUGAAGAAUGAGAAAGGAGGGGAGAGAGGGGCAAGAGGUCGUAGGAGAGAGAGAGAGGAGAGAGGGAGAAGAGAGGGAGGUGAAGGGCUGGAAGGGGAAGAGGGUGAGGAGGAGUGGGGAGCGGAUGGGCGGGAGGGUGGGGGGAAAUGGGACAAAGAGGCAGAGGAGGAUGAGGAGCAAUGGAAGAGGAAGCGGAGGAGGAGGAGGAGGAGAGAGGGUUUUGGGGAGGAUGAGGGAGAGAGGAGAACGAGGAAAGGAGUAGGUAUUGGGGAGGAGGAGGAUGAAGAGGAGAGGGGGGAAGAGGGGAGAGAAACGGAUGAAGAGGGGGGGGAAAGGGAGGGAGAAGGGGAGGACGAAGGGUAUGGGCGUGGGGGGAGGGGGCAUGGGGGGAGGGGGGGAAGGAGGGUUGAAAGGCAGGAGAGCGGUCGAACUUUUGGUGCUGGAAGAAAGGCGGAGAGAGGGGAAAGAGGGGAGAGGGGGGAGAGGGUGGAGAGGGGAGAGAGAGGGGAAAGGGUGGAAGGAGUGGAGAGGGGGGGAAGAGGGGAGAGGAUGGAAAGGGGGGGAAGAGGCGAGAGGGGCGAGAGGGGUGACAGAGGGGAGAGAGGGGAGAGAGGGGAAAGGGAGGCCAGAUGGUGGUCGGGUCGGGAGGGACGAUUGCGAAGGGAUGGGGAGAGGGAGAGGGAGAGAGAGUGGGAGAGGGAUCGUGAUUGGGACCGGGAGCGAGAGUGGGAGAGGGAGAGGGAGGGUGAGUGGGGAAGGCGGGAGUGGGAGAGGAGGGAGAGGGAGAGAGGAGAGAGGGACAGGGAUAGGGAGAGGGAAAGAGAGUGGGAAGGGGGAAGGGAGGGAGAGAGAGGGGGGAUGUAUCAGGAUGAGUAUGGAGGGGAGAGAAUGGGGAGGGCGAAAAGAGAGGGGUCAGUCAUGGGUUCUAGUGUGGCAGGGGAGGGUGCAGUGGUAGACGAGGCUAGGAGGGGCAGGGAGCGAGAACGGGAGAGGGAGAGGGGGCGAGAUCGGGACAGGGAGAGUCAGAUGGAAGGGGAGAAAGGAGGCUUUGAUGGGGACAGGGGGAUGGGUGAGGGGCGGAGAGGAGUGGGAGCGGGAGGAGGGGGAGGAGCAGGGGGAGCAGGGGUGGCAGGGGGAGGGGAAGGAGGGGGGGGAGGAGGGGAAGGAGGAGGAGGGGGAGGGGAGUGGCAAGGGCGGUCUGAUAUGGCUCCUGGGCUAAGGAGAGGACGAGAAGGGGGAGGAGGAGGAGGAGGAGGAGGAGGAGGACGGGAAGGGGGAGGAGGAGGAGUGGGACGAGAAGGGGGAGGAGGAGGAGGGGGAGGCGGGGCUGACGCGUCCACCGACCCUUCCCUCCCCCCUCCCCCGCCCCUCCGCCCUGGUAUAGACGCACCCUCUGUUCUCCCUGCUCCGCCGAACCUACCCGCAGGUACGGAAUGCCUGCUUGCCCCUGGCAGGUCCGGCAACGUCGCAGCAGCAGCAGCAGCGGCGGCGGCAGCAGCAGCAGCAGGGGGGAUGGCUGGGCCUGGGGGACCAGGGGGAAUGGGGGGAAUGGGGCCUGGGGGCGCGGGGAGGAGGGGAAUGGGCGGACCAAGAGUCAUGGGGCGGGGGGAAGGAGGGGGCAGCGGGAUGCUGCGCCCUGGGGAAGCAUGGAGGGGCGGAGGGGGAGGGCCACAGGGAUUUCUGCCCGGAUGGGGGGGAAUGGCGGGCCCUAGGGGGCAACCGGGCCCAGGAGGCGGAGCAGGGGCGGGAGGGGGCGGGGGAAUGGGGGGAGCAGGGGGAGGGGGAGCGGGAGGGGCAGGGGGAGCGGGAGGGCAGGGUCUUGUGGGGCCAGGAGGUCAGCCUUCCCCAGGUAUGCCUCCCCCAGGCGGCUUCCCCCCUUUUCAUGGGUUCCCAGGUCCGGGAAUGCCUUUUCCUGGGGGGCUGGGUUCAGGGGCGGGGGUUCCGCCCUUCCCUGGGGGCGGGGGGAUGAUGGGCGCGCCCUUCCCCCCGCACCUGGGGGCUGGGGGACCCAGGGGCGCGGGCGGAGGGGGGUCCCCAGGGGCAGGUGCGCACAUGCGCGAAUUAGGGUUUGGGCGAGUGGGGCCUGGGCCGGGGUUCAAACCAGGGGCGGGGGGAGGCGUGGGGGGAGGGGGGGGGGGAGGCAUGGGGAAGGGGCCGGGGGAUGGAAUAGCAGCAGGUGGGGGGAAGGGGAGGGGAAGGGGAGGCGGAAGAUGGGGGGAUAUGGAGGGAGGGGGAGGAGAGGGGAUUAUCAGCUGGGAUGCAGGCUUGGGGGGGCAGGGGAGAGGGGGAGGGGGCAUGGGAGGCGCAGGGGGCGGGGGCCCUGGGGGAGGGGGGACUGGGGGAGGGGGAACUGGGGAGAGUGGCAGUGCCGUGGGGGGAGGAGCAGAGUCCGGAGGAGCAGGGAGCGGGGCUGGAGGUGGGGGAGGGAAAGAGGGAGAAGCAGGGAAGGGGGAAAGUGGGGCAGGAGGAGCAGGAGCAGGGGGGGCAGGGGGAGGAGAUGGGGGUAGCGCAGGUGGAGGGGGGGGGGCUGGAUCAGCUGGGGCAGGGCAAGGCGUGGCAGGGAGGGGAGGAGGGGGAAUUUCAGGGGGUAUUUCCCCUGGUGGAGGCCCAGGCUCAGGCUCAGGUGUUCCUUCAGGUGUUUCUGUUGGAGGGCCAGGUGUGCUGCCACACCACCACCCCAUGCCUGGGCCAGGCAUGGGCGGUAGGUUCGGCGCCCACCCGGGCAUGCCCGGACUUGGAGGUAGAGGUCCGGGAGGCGGCAUGGGAGGGCGGGGACCGAUCUUUCCUCCUGGGGGCAUGUGGGAUGGAAUGCCAGGUUCGGGAUCCCCGUUCCUGGGAGGUCCGGGAGGCUGGAUGGGAGGUCCGGGAGGCAUGGGAGGCCCAGGAGUAAGAGGCCCGGGCGGCCCUGGGUUUGGGCCGAACCUGAUGGGUCCGGGAGGAGGGGGAGGCAUGCCUGGGGGAGGAAGGGGCCUCAGAGAUAUGGGAGGGGUGGGGCAAUUUGGAGGGCCUAGGGAUAUUCAUAGAGUAGCUAAGUGUUUGCAUGCAGCGGCGAUGGGGAAGGGAGAAGAGGGGGAAGUGGUAACAGGUGCGGGAGGAGGAGCGGGAGCAGAAGGGGCAGGGGUAGCAGGGGGAGCAGGGGGGCCAGGGACAGCAAGGGGAGCAGGAGCAGCAGGGGCAGGGGCAAUGGGGGGCCCUGCAGGAACGGCACCUUUCCUGGUUUCGUCUGCUGCUGCUGGUGCUGCUGGUGCUGCUGGUGCUGCUGGUGCUGCUGGUUCUGCUGGUGCUGCUGGUGCUAUGGCUGGUGGCGUUGGUGUUGGUGCUGCUGGUGCAACUGGUGCUGGUGCAGUUGCGCGUUUGCUGCCCUCUGCUGCUGCCGUACCAUCCUCUGCUGCAGCAGCCGCUGCUGGGCUGUCUGGGCGUACUGUAGCAGCAGAGGCGGAUGGAGUGGCAGCAAGGCCAGGGGCAGAGGCCGCGAUGUCCCACCUGCCUGCUGUUGAUGCAAAUGCUGCCAGAGCGGUUCAGGCAUGUCUGUCUCGUAUUGGGCUCGCACCAGCCACUCACCCAUCCCCUCCACAUUCGUCCAACAUCGCAGCUUCCUCCUCCUCACUCUUUUUCUCCCUCCCCCCUUCCCUACUCUUCUCAUCUCUACCCCCUUCGAACAAGCCACCAUCCAUCCCCCAUACAAGCUACUCCGUCACUGCCAAAUUCCUUCACGUUAGUGAAGUUUUGGCGGCAUCAAACAUGUCACUUCCUGCUUAUCUCUCUUCGCCACCAGUUGUGGAGUUUAACAAAGCGUCUGCCGGUGCACUUAGCAAAGUGCCAGCCUGGCAGCCCCACACCGUACCACCGUCGCAGCAGGUUCGGAAGGCGUCCAAGCCUAAGCAGCAGGCUCAAGGCCGCCGUGCAAAGCCGAGGAAAGGGAAGAGAGGAGGGGGGGAAGGAGGAGCGGAAGGGGGAGGAGAGGUUGGGAAGGUUCUCGAGUCGACUCGAAAAGAGGUGGGAAAGGUGAAGAGACAAAGGGUGGGGUCUGAGGGGGAGAAGUUGGACGAGAAGGGCACAAUGAAGCUGCAAGAUAGGAUGAUGAAGCAAGGGGAGGGGGGAGAUUUGAAUGCUCUGCAGCAAGGCGAUAGUGGUAGUGGCGGGGGUGAGGAGAACGGUGCUGGUGUUGUUGGUGCUGAUGGCGGUGGGGGUGGGGGUGGCGGGAAGGAAGGACUAGGAGGUAUAAGCGGGAAGGGAGCAGGGAAUGUGGGUGGAAAUGGUGCAGGAAGUAGAGGAGUAGUGCUGCGGAGAGGGUUGGUGAUUCGGCUCCCGAGAAUGACAUUCUCUGCUUUUCCUCCCAGACACAGUGCCGUCAGUUCUGCUGCUGCUGCUGCUGCUGCUCCUGCUGCUCCUGCUUCUGUUUCAGCUAGGACCAGAGGCAGAAAGCAGCAGCAGCAGCAGCAGCAGCAGCAGCAGCAGCAGCAGCAGCAGCAGCAGCAGCAGCAGCAGCAGCAGCAGCAGCAGCAGCAGCAGCAACGGAGUGUUGAGGCUCCUAAGCAGGCAAGAGGCAGGGGUGCUGCAAGCACAAAGCAGCAACAUCGGGGUCGACAGCAGCAGCACAAGGAAGAGCGAGCAGAGGAAGAGCAGGCGCAGCAGCAGGAGCAGGAGGCGAAUGCGGAGGAACAGGAGCAGCAGGAGCAAGAGCAGCAGAAAGAGGAGGAGGAGGUGCAGGAGGUUUCUGCUUUCGCUGCUGCUGCUGCUACUGCUGUUGAGGAAUCCAAGCCGCCCAGCUUGCCUGUUGAAUCUUCAGACGAUGGUGAGGAGACAGGUGACGAUGGUAAGGUGACGGGUGGCGAUGCAAAGAAGGCAGAUGGUGAUGCUAAAACGACCGGAGGAGGUGGGAGGCAGGCAGGUGAGGGGGACGGGGAGGAGGUCGGGAAGGGGGCUGACCAUGCUGUGGCGGUGGGCGGUAUGUUGGCUUCCAGGAAACGCAAGGCAGGUGCUCGUGCUGCUGGUGGUGCUGGUGGUGAUGAUGGUGCUGGUAGUGACGAUGCUGCUGCUGCUGCUGCUGCUGCCUCUUUUGCUGCUGCUGCUGCUUCUGUUGCUGAUGGUGCUGCUGCUGGUAAGAAAGCUGGUGGUGGAGGGGGAGGAGGAGGAGUGAAGGUGGAGGGGGGGAAGUGUGGAGAGAAGGGAGAGGUGGGGGAGGGUGGAGAGAAGGGAGAACCGGGAGCAAAGCGGGAUGGUGGGGAGGAGGGAGAUAAGGGGAAGGGUGAGAGGGGGGAUGAUGACACAGCAGAGAAGAGCAUUGGGGAGGAGGAGAAGGAGGAGAGAGGAGAGAGGAAGGACGGGGGGGAAGGGAGGGAGGGAAAACGCAGCGGGGAUGAAAUGGAGGUGGAGUAUACGACUGGAGGGGGGAGCGGAGAUGAAGGGGGAGAGCAAGGGGGAGAGAAAAGGGGAGAGAAUGGAGAAGAGAAAGUGGGAAAGAAAGAUGUGGAGAAAGGGGGAGUGGAGAUUCAAAUGGAAGAGUUAGGAAAUGAUGUGGUGGAGGUGGGAGUUGUGAGAACAUCAGGUGAGGGAGCAGUAGGUGAGGGAGCAAUGGGUAAGACAGGAGGAGGCAAGGGGGAGGGGAUGGAUGCGGUUGUUGAAGUGACUGAGGGGGGUGAAGAGGUGGGGAGAGUGGGAGGUGGUGAGAGAGGAACCAAUGAGGAGCAGAUUGGUGCAGCUGAAGUGACUGCUUCUGAAAUGGAUGUGACUGAAAGGGGUGUGAUCAUGGCGAGUGUAACUCAGGGCAAUGGGACGUCUCAGGAAGUUUCCAAGGAACCUGCAGAAGGGCCCUCGCAGGAGGUUUCAGAGGCGGGCGAAGGGGCAGGUGAAGGGGCAGAAGCACGGGCAGGCGAAGGGACAGGUGAAGGAACAGCGGACGAAUCAGAACUGUCGCAGGCGUCCGCAGGCGCAAGGGGGGCAGGUAAAGCACGUAGCAGGGCGAGGGCACCCAGAGGCAAGGGCACAGGUGGGAAGAAAGGGAGGAAAGGUGCUACUGGGGGAGGUAGAACUGCCCGGACAAGUGGGGGGACUGCUGCUGUCACCUCAGCCGCACCUGAAGGGAUGUUGGGGGAAGGAGGAGAAGGAGAUGGGGGAGGGGGAGGAGGAGGAGUGGCGGAGAAUGGGAGUGUGGAAGGUGAGGAGGGGAAGGAGGAUGAGGAAGUGAGGAGGGAGCGGGAGGAGAGGGAGAGGAGGGAGAAGGAGGCGGAGAGAGAGAGGAUGAAGGCACUGAAAGAGCAGGAGGCGAGGGACAGGGAGGAGGCGAUUAGGUUGGCAACGGUGCGGCAGAGCAGCAGAAUCAGGUCGAGGCAGACGGGGGCGAGCAAGUAG